GGGGGGGGGGAAACCGAGGCCGGAGCGGCGGGGGCCCCCCCACGCCCUAACGCCAGUCUCGGUCCGGCCUGCCUGACCAUCCAGGGGUGUAUGGGAUGGAAGCGGGACCCUCGGGAGCAGCUGCUGGCACCUACCUGCCUCCCCUGCAGCAGGUGUUCCAGGCCCCGCGCCGGCCCGGGAUAGGUACCGUAGGGAAGCCCAUCAAACUUCUGGCCAACUACUUUGAGGUGGACAUCCCCAAGAUUGACGUCUACCAUUAUGAGGUGGACAUCAAGCCAGACAAGUGUCCUCGCAGAGUCAACAGGGAGGUGGUGGAAUACAUGGUGCAGCACUUCAAGCCACAGAUCUUCGGCGACCGGAAGCCGGUGUACGAUGGGAAGAAGAACAUCUACACGGUCACGGCGUUGCCCAUCGGCAAUGAGAGGGUGGAUUUUGAGGUGACGAUCCCAGGGGAGGGGAAGGACCGGAUCUUCAAGGUCUCCAUCAAAUGGAUGGCCAUCGUCAGUUGGCGUAUGCUGCAUGAGGCGCUGGUCAGUGGCCAGAUCCCCGUCCCCCUCGAGUCUGUGCAGGCUUUGGACGUUGCCAUGCGCCACCUGGCAUCCAUGAGGUACACACCCGUGGGCCGCUCCUUCUUCUCACCCCCCGAGGGCUACUACCAUCCGCUGGGUGGAGGCCGUGAGGUCUGGUUCGGCUUUCACCAGUCCGUUCGCCCAGCCAUGUGGAAGAUGAUGUUGAACAUCGAUGUCUCGGCCACGGCCUUCUAUAAGGCGCAGCCAGUGAUCGAGUUCAUGUGUGAGGUGCUGGACAUCCGGAACAUUGACGAGCAGCCCAAGCCUCUGACUGACUCCCAGCGUGUCCGCUUCACCAAGGAGAUCAAAGGCCUGAAGGUAGAGGUGACGCACUGUGGGCAGAUGAAGCGGAAAUAUCGAGUGUGUAACGUCACCCGCCGGCCUGCCAGCCACCAGACUUUCCCCCUUCAGUUAGAGAGUGGGCAGACUGUGGAGUGCACAGUGGCACAGUACUUCAAGCAGAAAUACAACCUGCAGCUCAAGUAUCCCCACCUACCGUGUCUUCAGGUGGGCCAGGAGCAGAAACACACCUACCUGCCCCUGGAGGUCUGUAACAUUGUGGCAGGACAGCGCUGCAUCAAGAAAUUGACGGACAAUCAGACGUCGACCAUGAUCAAGGCGACAGCGAGGUCUGCGCCGGACAGGCAGGAAGAGAUCAGCCGUCUGAUGAAGAAUGCCAGCUACAACCUGGACCCCUACAUCCAGGAGUUUGGGAUCAAGGUGAAGGACGAUAUGACGGAGGUGACGGGCCGGGUGCUGCCAGCGCCGAUCCUGCAGUAUGGGGGCCGGAACCGUGCCAUCGCCACUCCCAACCAGGGUGUGUGGGACAUGCGGGGAAAGCAGUUCUACAAUGGGAUUGAGAUCAAGGUCUGGGCCAUCGCCUGCUUUGCGCCCCAGAAGCAAUGCCGGGAGGAAGUGCUGAAGAACUUCACGGACCAGCUGCGCAAGAUCUCCAAGGACGCGGGGAUGCCCAUCCAGGGCCAGCCGUGCUUCUGCAAAUACGCCCAGGGCGCCGACAGUGUGGAGCCCAUGUUCCGCCACCUAAAGAACACCUAUUCGGGCCUCCAGCUCAUCAUCGUCAUCCUUCCGGGGAAAACCCCCGUCUACGCGGAGGUGAAACGUGUUGGGGACACGCUCCUGGGCAUGGCCACGCAGUGCGUGCAGGUGAAGAACGUGGUGAAGACCUCCCCGCAGACCCUCUCCAACCUCUGCCUCAAGAUCAACGUCAAGCUUGGGGGAAUCAACAACAUCCUGGUCCCCCAUCAGCGCUCCGCCGUCUUCCAACAGCCCGUGAUAUUCCUGGGGGCGGAUGUGACCCACCCCCCGGCGGGAGACGGCAAGAAGCCCUCCAUCACCGCCGUGGUGGGCAGCAUGGACGCCCACCCGAGCCGGUACUGCGCCACGGUGCGCGUCCAGCGGCCGCGGCAGGAGAUCAUCGAGGACCUGUCCUACAUGGUGCGGGAGCUGCUCAUCCAGUUCUACAAAUCCACCCGCUUCAAACCCACCCGCAUCAUCUUCUACCGAGAUGGAGUCCCUGAGGGUCAGCUCCCCCAGAUCCUCCACUACGAGCUGCUGGCCAUCCGCGACGCCUGCAUCAAGUUGGAGAAGGACUACCAACCCGGGAUCACCUACAUCGUUGUCCAGAAACGCCACCACACACGCCUUUUCUGUGCCGAUAAGAACGAGAGGAUUGGGAAGAGUGGAAACAUCCCAGCAGGAACCACUGUGGACACCAAUAUCACCCACCCUUUCGAGUUUGAUUUCUACCUGUGCAGUCAUGCAGGCAUUCAGGGUACAAGCCGGCCGUCCCAUUACUACGUCCUCUGGGACGACAAUCGGUUCACGGCAGACGAGCUGCAGAUCCUGACCUACCAGCUGUGCCACACAUACGUGCGCUGCACACGCUCCGUCUCCAUCCCCGCCCCUGCCUACUAUGCCCGCCUGGUGGCCUUCCGGGCCCGCUAUCACCUGGUGGACAAGGAGCAUGACAGCGGAGAGGGCAGCCACAUAUCCGGGCAGAGCAACGGGCGGGACCCCCAGGCCCUGGCCAAAGCCGUGCAGGUUCACCAGGACACUUUGCGCACCAUGUACUUUGCUGAAAGGCCGAACGUCGUUACCUCACUGGAGAGAAGAAAGCUUUCAGACCCGAAGGAGCCAUCACGACACAACCACCGGGAAGUGGCUUUGGGGGGAGGGGGUGCGCGGCAGGGGGUGGGCUGAGGGGGGUGGGGGGCCUGGGGAAACCUCAUUUUCUAAGGAGAGAAUUCCCCAGGCCACAGCCGUAUCGCUGGCUGGGAGUGGGGGUGUUGGGGGAGGCGAGGGAGGAGAGCCAGACCACCAGUGACCAGCCGCCGCCAGUCUGAGACCAGAAAAGCCACUUCCUCCGUCUCUCACAACAUCCACCCCUGACCCAGCGAACAGAGAGGUCUUAAAGGGAGAGGGGCCAUCGCCAACAGGCUUUCAUUUCCAAUGCAAUACUAAAGACUUCGGGCUGUGAGGUCUCUUUAAGGUCCACUGGCCGCCCCCACCAGAUGCCGGUAGGUUUGGGUUUGUUGUUUUAGAGGGGAGAGGGUGGGGCGGGAGGUGUCGGUCUGGGGAAGGGGGUGGGAGGAGGGAAGGAUAUUUAGCGCCUUAAUCGGAAAAAGAGUAGAUUUGUCUAAAGAAAAAGAUAGAGAGAGCCCCAACCCCAAACUAAUGUUUUAGGAUACGAGAUGUUUGAAAGGGAUCGGAAUCUGCAGUUCGUAGGGAAAUUCUAACACUAGCGUUUUGGGUUGCCCCUUCCGGUCCUCCGUCGCCCCCCACCUCCUGACCCGUCGGCCCCGGUGUGUCUCCCCGCCCCUCUCGGCCCCCUCCGGAUGUCAGGCACUACGGCACUUAGCUCAGAAUUGACACGACCCCGUCUUCCUUCCGUCCCGGGCCGGAGGAGAGCCGACCGACCCCGUUGCGGCCGUUUCCGUGGGCGCCCCAGUGCCUUCGCUGUCCUGCUGCAGAAAUGCCAUCUUUUUGUGCCCUCCGGGGUGGGUGGUGGGAGGUGGGGGGGGGGGGGGGGAUGCCCCCAAACCCCACGUGACCCCUUGGGAGCUGGGGUGGUGGUGGUGACAGCUAUUUUGCAUCCGAAGGAGCUGGUGUUCACGUCCGUGGUUGCUUUGAGAUCCCCGUCUCAAGGUGGUUAAAAACCCGUUGAAGACGUUUGCACUUUCAGAUUGCGACAGGUGGAAUAGCUGCUGACACUGAACCUCUCUCCCCUGUGCACCGACCCCCUUUCGCCCCCUCACCGCCCCCCAGCCACUCCUCGUGUUAUUUAAAAUGCCAUUUCUGACCCCUGGGUCCCCCACGUCCCAUGGCAGUAAAGUCUCCCCCAUUUGAACGUUUCUUUUCUGGGAUAUCUUGGAACAAAAGAUACGUCUGAAAGAAGAAAAAAAGAGAAAACUAAAUGUUAUUUUUAUACAGUAACUUGAGUCCAUUGCCAAAAUCUUCAGAUGAGCCUCCCCUCCUCCGAAUUUUCAUCCUGGACACCCAGCGGAGCGGGAGGAGGCGAUUGUCCUUUCGGGGAGGGGAUUGCCAGGGCAGGGGCCCUCCCGAGUCACUAUGGGGGCGGGAUGUUCUCUCCCGGCCCUCUGGUUCCUCCCUCUCCCUCCUCCCCCUGCCAUUCCCUGCGCAUAGCACACGUAUCCCUGCCUUCCUGGAACACACUGCUCUCCAUUCUCUUGAUGACGUGCCCAGUUUCCAGCAUGUCCUGCACAUGGUCUCAGUAGCUUUUGCUGCUUGCUCUUGCUGUUGUUUACACAAAAUAGAUUUUUUUUUAAA